GUCCACAGGGAUGCAGAGCUCCACCUGCAGCCCAUGGAGGAGACCCCUACUGGAGCAGGGGGAUGCCUCAGAAGAGGCUGUGAAUAGGCUCUGAACCUGUGGGAGGCCCAUGGUGGAAGAGGCUCCUGGAGGAGACCUUCAGACCUGUGGAGAGAGGAGCCCAUGCUGGAGCAGGUUUCCUGGUAGGACCUGUGACCCUGUGGGAGGCUCACACUGGAGCAGGCUGUGCCUCUGAAGCACUGAACUCUGUUAGAGUGACCUGCCUUUGCUGUAGAAAUUUGUGGAGAACUGUUACCCUGGGGUGCACUCUCUCAUGGAGAUCUCUAUCCCCUCUCUGUGGCAGGGGAAGGACUCCUCUCCUUGAGCAGCACCAGAAACAACAUGUGAUGUUGUUCCACAACUGACCACAAUCCCUAUUCCCAUCUCCCUUCACUGCUGGGGGGGAAGAUCUAGAGCUGGAGAGGUGGGGGAAAAGUCUUACUGUACUUGUUAUUUUCCUGCUCUGAGUUUUUAAAUCAUAAAUCCAAUUAAUAUCUCUAAUUUGAAUCUGUUUUGCCUGUGACAUUGCUUGGGGAGUGAUCUCCAGCUUCUUAUCUCAAUGUAUGAAUCCUUAAUUAUAUUUUGUCUCCCUCAUUCAUUUGCAGAGGGGGGGUGAUAGAGAGGCUUUGGUGGGAGCCUGGCAUCCACCCAGGGUCAACCCACUACAAACUUAUAGAAUUUUUUUUUCCUUGUAAAUGCUGAUGUUGCAAUAGAUACUUGUGGUGUAAAAGUAUGGGUGGCUUUAAAAGCCACCUUUGUUUGAGAUUUUCUUGCCUUGUGUGAUAUGUGUAGCUCAGCCAAGGAAUGGGGUGUUAGGUUGCUCCUGUGCUGAGUGUUCAUCCAAAAUAGUGAGCUUUAUUUGCAUAGACCUUUCUGGUGUCUGGCUUGUGGGAGGACUUUUGCUUUCUUGUGUAUGAAAAUGCCUGAAGAAAAAUGUCGAGCUGGAAAACGUAACUUGGGUUCAAAGUAAAAGUCUUUGUUUGGAAAGCUCUCUGAAAGACUGGGUGCAUAAUGCUCAGCUGAAAGAAGGGGGGAUGUAGGUCAGGAAUCCUGUGUUUACCAGUCCUGAUAGACUUCACCAAAUCAAAAUUGCUAAUCUAAGAUAAUGAUUUUCUACAAGAUUUGGCAGGAAAAUUGUUAUUGCAUAUUCCUCAUUAGUAAGUCUGACCUGCAGUGCUGAGUUCUGUUGUUGAGGUUGCAGUCCAUGAAGUAGAAUGAGAGCAAACAUCCAUCCAUUAAUUUCAGGCAGUAACAAUACUUGGCCAGAACUUGGGCUGUUUCCCUUGCAGCUCUUCAGAUUCCCAUCACGAUGAUUCAGAUGCCUGAUAGUGAGAUGUAAUGUGACAUUUGUGCUUAUAGCCUUUGCCCAGUUGAACUAGCAUAUACCAUAAGCAGAUGGCUUUCAUUCUGUUCUCUCCACAGUAAGGAUAAGAGGGAGGAGAAGAAAAAAGGAAGGGGAAAGCUUUCUCUUUGCUGCUUUCAGCUCAUUUUCUCCAUCCCUUCCUCAAAGCGCACAUGGUUGUAUGUUGUAUUUUAAGUCCUGGAAAAAUUUGACAUUUUUGCUUAAGAUAAAAUACAAAUGCGUAACAAACUUAUUGUUUAAAGCAGAAACCACCAUGCCAUUCAGAGUAAAGGCUCAGUCUUGUUUUCUGCUGUGGUACAAUGAAAAGGGAAAAGGGCUGUGCUUUAUAUAGACUGGGAAUAAUCUGAACAAUCCCAUGGUGCUUCCUACUGUACUCCACCUACCUUGCAUCAUAACUUCCUUUCUCAGAUUUAUGGCCCAAAGCCAGUGCAAAAUAAACGGAAUAGUGUGUGCGGAGAUGGCAAGAGCUGAACUCCGUGCGUUUGGGUGUGGCUGGAGGCAAGGAUUAAACUUUACUCUGCAUUUCUCUUGAACCCUUUUUGAACAGCUGAAUAUGAAAAGGAUCAGGGAUAGCAGUCGUCCCAUGUGCCUGUGUUCUAAUGUUUCUGACCGUGUACCUCAGUAACAACGAGCAGCACUUCACAGAGGUGCCAGUCACCCCCGAGACAACCUGCAGAGAUGUGGUGGAGCUGUGCAAGGAGCCUGGGGAGAGCGAGUGCCACCUGGCUGAGGUGUGGUGUGGCUCAGAGCGCGCCAUAGCCGAUAACGAGCGGAUGCUGGAUGUUCUGCAGAGGUUUGGAAUGCAGAGGAGCGAGGUGCGUUUCUUUCUCCGCCACGAACGCUCUCCCUGCCGGGAAGCUGGGCCUGGACAAAGGUCUCAAGAUCCAGCCUUCAAAAGAAAUGGUGUGAAGGUGCCUGGUGAUCGAAGAAUAGAAAAUGGGGUAAGUGCACCAAGGAUGGAUAUGACACUGGCUGAACUUCAGGAAAUGGCAUCACGCCAACAGCAACAAAUUGAGGCUCAACAACAAAUGCUGGCUAACAAGGAGCAGCGCCUGAAAUUCCUGAAGCAGCAAGAUCAGCGACAGCAACAGCAAGCUGCUGAACAGGAAAAACUGAAGAGAUUAAAGGAAAUUGCUGAGAAUCAAGAAGCCAAACUUAAGAAAGUGAGAGCAUUGAAAGGUCAUGUGGAGCAAAAAAGACUCAGCAAUGGGAAAUUAGUGGAGGAGAUUGAACAGAUGAACAGCCUGUUCCAGCAAAAGCAGCGCGAGCUGGUGCUGGCCGUGUCCAAAGUGGAGGAGCUCACCAGGCAACUGGAGAUGCUGAAGAACGGCAGGAUUGAUGGUUACCACGACAACCAGUCGGCUGUAGCUGAGCUCGACCGCCUCUACAAGGAGCUGCAGUUGAGGAACAAACUGAACCAGGAGCAGAAUGCCAAGCUGCAGCAACAGAGGGAGUGUUUGAACAAGCGCAACUUGGAGGUGGCAGUCAUGGAUAAGCGUGUUAAUGAGCUGCGCGAGCGGCUGUGGAAGAAAAAGGCAGCUCUGCAGCAGAAAGAGAAUGUACCAGUUUCUUCAGAUGGGAAUUUACCACAGCCAGUGGCUUCUGCUCCAAGCCGAGUGGCAGCAGUAGGUCCUUAUAUCCAGUCCUCUACUAUGCCACGUAUUGCUUCCAGACCUGAGCUUUUGGUGAAGCCAGCAUUUUCAGAUGGGACACAAGCUUUGCAGGUACCUGAUGGGCCACUGAAAACACAAACACUGCCCAAUAUGAGAGCUGGGAACAGUUCACAAGCUAAAGCUCCUGCAGGUCCUGUGGUCCCCAAUGCAAAACCUUCCCCAUCUGCUCCUGACUGGAGUAGUUCAAAUACAGACAAUCAUAUUAAUCAAGGAUCAGCCUUGACUUCAGGAAAAGGAAUUGUGACAAGUGAAGGACAAGCUGAAGGAGAAGCUCUUUUACGAGACAGAGAGAAGAAGGUGCGUCCCUUCUCCAUGUUUGACUCUGUGGAGCAGUCUGCUGGGCUGGGCACUCUGAGGAAGAACCAGAGCAGUGAGGAUCUCCUGCGGGAGGCACAGACAACCAAUAAAAAUGUAACCAAGGUGCCACCACCUGUCCCCACUAAACCAAAACAGAUCAACUUGCCUUACUUUGGUCAAGCCAGUCACCUUCAACCUGCUGAUACAAAGCUGGAUGGAAACCUUCAGAAGCUGCCUUUGGCUAUUGCAGCUGUGGGGAACAAGCAAAAACCAGUGGCACAGCAGCCUUCUCAUCCUUCUCAGCAGAUACAGCAAAGAAUUUCAGUACCUCCUGCAGGUUCUUCCUCUAGCCAGGAUCAAAUUCUUCCUUCCUCCAAACAGGAGAGUCCCCCAGCAGCAGCUGUGAGACCUUUUACUCCUCAGCCAUCCAAAGAGACUUCACUGCCACCAUUUCGAAAGCCUCAGACUGUGGCUGCAAGUUCCAUUUAUAGCAUGUACACCCAACAGCAGACUCCUGGGAAGAACUUCCAGCAGGCAGUGCAGAGUGCUUUGACGAGGGCACAGACCAGAGGACCACACUUCCCAAGUGUGUACGGCAAGCCCGUGAUGGCAGGAGCUGGCGUGCAGAACCAGCUGCCGCAGACAGAGAACAUCUACUCCAACCUCCAGGGCAAGCCAGGCAGCCCAGAGCCCGAGAUGGAAACAGCAGCCUCUGCUCAGGAGAACCACGAAGCAGAGAGGAUCCCCCGUCCCCUGAGCCCCACCAAGCUGCUGCCCUUCCUGUCCAACCCCUACCGCAACCAGAGCGACGCCGACCUGGAGGCGCUGCGCAAGAAGCUGUCCAACGCGCCCCGGCCGCUGAAGAAGCGCAGCUCUAUCACUGAGCCAGAGGGGCCCAACGGCCCCAACAUCCAGAAGCUGCUCUAUCAGAGGACCACGCUGGCUGCCAUGGAGACUAUCUCAGCUCCCUCGCAUCCCUCCAAACAGACGGCGUCAGCUGCCAGUCCUGAAAGCCCGGUGGAGAUCCCAAAUCCCUAUCUAAGCACGGAGGCAGAAAAAGAAACGGCUGCGUCCAUGCCAGAAGCUGCUAUUGCUGAGGAGACAGAAAGCACAGCAGCAGAGCAGAGUGAAGCUGCUCUUCCCCCUGUACCUUUGGACCCUGUACCUGAAGCUGUGUCAGACAGCGAUGAACUCACGCAGCCCAAACCAGAAGAGCCAAACCUGGAAGCUCCACUGCCCCUGGAGGUGUACAUGGAAGAAUAUCCUCCAUACCCACCACCUCCCUAUCCAUCAGGGGAACCAGAAAGUUUGGGAGAGGACUCCUUCAGUAUGAGGCCUCCUGAAGUUACUGGACAGUUUUCCUUGCCUCCUGGGAAGAGGACAAACUUGCGUAAGACUGGCUCCGAAAGGAUUGGCCAUGGAAUGAGAGUGAAAUUCAAUCCCUUGGCGCUGCUUCUGGAUUCAUCUUUGGAGGGGGAGUUUGACCUCGUGCAGAGAAUAAUUUAUGAGGUGGAAGAUCCUAGCAUGCCCAAUGAUGAAGGAAUUACUGCUCUGCACAACGCUGUGUGUGCCGGGCACACGGAAAUCGUGAAGUUCCUGGUGCAGUUUGGGGUGAACGUGAACGCUGCAGACAGCGAUGGAUGGACCCCUCUGCACUGUGCAGCAUCCUGCAAUAACGUGCAGGUGUGCAAGUUCCUGGUGGAGUCGGGGGCAGCUGUGUUUGCCAUGACCUACAGCGACAUGCAGACAGCUGCGGACAAGUGCGAGGAGAUGGAGGAGGGCUACACACAGUGCUCCCAGUUCCUGUAUGGAGUGCAGGAGAAGAUGGGCAUCAUGAACAAAGGAGUGAUUUAUGGGCUGUGGGAUUACGAGGCUCAGAACGACGACGAGCUGUCCAUGAAGGAAGGAGACUGCAUGACGAUCCUGCGCCGUGAGGAUGAGGAGGAGAUCGAGUGGUGGUGGGCACGGCUCAAUGACAAGGAAGGCUAUGUGCCCAGAAACCUGCUAGGGCUGUAUCCAAGGAUUAAACCUAGACAAAGAAGCUUGGCAUGAAAUAGCACAGAAGCCAGAUUCUUGAAGUACUAAUCACGGAUAACUUACAGAAAAAAAUGUCCAUUUUGUGUUGGUUCCAAUAUCAUGAGACUUAUUUCAAUGACAAUGGUAUUUGAAAGCUAUGAAAAAUGUGCUUUGAAAACAAAUGAAGGAUUGAUGCAUUAGCAAAUGGAUGAGGGCAUUGUACAAGAUGAAAUAAUGCUUACAAGCAAAUGAAAUUCUGCUGCCUUUGGUCGAAUCAAGCCAUUAUGUUCAAGUACCCACCCAGCUGUCUUCAAACAUGGCAGAAGAGAGUUUCACUUCUUUUCUGCAUUAAAUACAAGGACCUUUUGAAAUUGCCAUUGAAGGAAUCAUCAUGAAACAGACAACUUGGCUUUGUCCAAAUUUAUCCCGAGGCUUUUUCCAGAUGGGAGAAAUUGAAGUAUGUGCACAGCACCCAACUGCUUAUUGCUGGAAGCAGAAUGUUUGUUAAAAGGAGCUAAAAAAACUGAAGUGCAUCUGAAGAGUGACAACCACAUGACCAAUCCAUUAAGCAAUAACUUAAAAAAGCUGUAGCAUCUUAGAAAUUCUAUGUAUUCAAAAUAUCAUGUGCUGUAACAGAAAUGUAGUUUUAGAUUCCUAUUUUACAAAGAGCCUCAUGUAUUUAUUGUAUUUUGUACUUUAAAGACUAAGUGUAGAAACUUUCUGUAGUCUUUGACAAUGUACUUGUUUUUACUCUACUUGUUUACUCCACCAUUAAACUUUUGUCUCCUCUUAAGCUUUAA